ACAUAUUUUGUUUCCAUCUUCUUGAGAAUCAUGCAAAAUCAAAGCCUUGUCAAUGAGUUCAUACUCCUGGGUCUUUCUCAGAACACAAAAGUUGAGAAAAUAUUGUUUCUUCUAUUUUUGUUAAUCUACCUUGCAACUAUUGGUGGCAAUAUGAUAAUUGUGGCAACUAUCAUUUACAGCCCUGCCCUGCUGGGCUCCCCCAUGUACUUCUUCUUGGUAUUCCUGUCCUUACUGGAUGCAUGCACUUCUACUGUUGUAACACCCAAGAUGAUCAUAGGCUUCUUCUAUGAAAGGAAGAUCAUCUCUUUUGAAGGCUGCAUGACCCAAUUGUUUGCCAUACACUUCUUUACUGCAGUAGAGGUGAUUGUACUGUCAGCUAUGGCUUAUGACCGUUAUGUGGCUAUUUGCAAACCCUUGCACUAUUCGUCCAUUAUGAGCAGGAAGGUCUGUGGUGUUUUGGUAGGCAUAGCAUGGGCUGGGGGAUUCUUGCAUUCUAUCAUACAAAUUGUGUUUACUUUGCAGUUACCAUUCUGUGGACCCAAUGUUAUUGACCAUUAUAUGUGUGACUUGUUCCCAUUACUGAAGCUUGCCUGCACUGACACACGCAUUUUUGUUAUUUUGGUGUUUGCCAAUAGUGGUUCUAUCUGCAUCAUUAUCUUCUCCUUGCUUCUUGUCUCCUAUGGUGUCAUCUUGUUCUCUCUGAGAGCCCACAGUUCUGAAGGGAGACAUAAAGCUCUCUCCACCUGUGGAUCCCACAUUACAGUUGUUGUUUUAUUCUUUGUUCCGUGCAUAUUAAUAUAUGCACGACCUUCAUCUCCAUUUUCCUUUGAAAAAAACACACUUAUAUUUGCCAAUGUCCUGACACCAUUGCUCAAUCCUAUGGUUUAUACAUUCAGGAAUAAGGAAAUGAAAAGUGCCAUAAGGAAAAUGUGGAAGAGAUUGGUAGUGGUUUCUGAUAAAUAUUAA